UUUUAAGAGCACCACAAUAAAUGCAUUUUCAAACAAGUUGCAUUCUGUAAACAUAAGGAGUAAUUUAAAAAUUCUUGAAAUAAUUAAGUAACAUAUAGGGAAACGUUCAAACUGGGACUUGAAAUUGAAUUAAAAAAAAAAAAAAAACAAGACAAGUCUGGAAAAGGAUACCAAAAAGAAGUGACUAGAAGCGAAAGCGAAGCUAUUGACUAAAAUUGGAAACAUUGCAAUUGCAACUCAAUCACAUCAGCUGUUUCCGUUCCACAAAAAUGUUAGUUGACGCACAUAUUAUGCGCAAAACACCCGGCUGAUGGUUUGCAAAAUUGCAAUCGACUUUUUGACAAUCAGUCGUGAAAGACUUAAUAUUUCGGAGCAAUGUGGUCCCAAUGACCAAAGAUUUGCUUUUCGUUUCGUUUUCGUUUGACAGAUGGGUGCGACAACUGAGUGCGACUCCAGCUCCGAAAAAUCUUCGGAUUCGAGUUCUCUGGAUUCAGGAAGUGCCAACGAGUCGAAACAAGGGCUAGCUAGCAAGAUGUUCUCCUAUGCUAAUUCUAUUUUCUUUGUUGGAAUCAUAUUUACAAUCCUCGUAGCGCUUCAGAGCUCGCCUCCAAAAAUAUCAAAACCACCACCUGCUCGACCGUUUUUCAACACGAGUUCGAUUGUGGCAGAUUUUUAUAAAGGCCACUUGAGUGCAAUGGUGGAGAGAAUAAUGGAUUCUGAUUUUAGUUUCAUAAUGUAUUAUGCACCCUGGGAUGCUGAAAGCCAAGCUCUCAGGGUAGAGUUUGAAAUCGUGUCGCAGUACUAUCAUUCCCAGAUAUUUUUUGCAGCAAUCAAUUGCUGGCAUCCAGGAUCAGAGUGCAGAUCUCAGUACAAUAAAAUUCAGAGCUACCCAGUUUUAAUGCUCUAUCCUUCGAGGCAUUCAGGAGUUCAGUAUAAAGGUAUUCGAACUGCUCCUUACAUGAUGCAAUUUCUCGAUGCAGUUAUGAGUCCCAUUGUUAGGAUAACAAAUAAUCAACAGUUAGUGAAUCUUCUUCUUGAAAAUGAUGCUGUAGUCGUAGGUUUUUUCAACUUUACUGGAGUUGCCAAAAGUCCAGGGUACAAAGAAUUUUAUCAAGCUGCUAUUCGCUCACUUGAGCGGGAUCCAAAUCGUGAAAUAAUUUAUGCUGCAGUUACGGACCCAAAAACUGCCGAAUCUAAUUAUGGAGUUGUUACAUUUCCACAUGCAAGACUGUUUCUCUGGAAUGAAUCUUUGAGUUGGCCUGAAAGUCAAAUAUGGACAACUGAUGCUUUAACAAACUGGGCUGGAAAAGAAAUGCAUCGAGUAACUCUCUGGUUACAACCUCCGGGUAGUAAAUCUCUUACAUUUGCACCCUACCUUUGGGAUGGUCCAGCACUUUUUCUCUUUACACCAAGAAAUCCUUUGCAUUCAGAAAAUUACAACUACAAUCUCUUAAAGGAAUUAGCAUUGCAGUAUUACAACUGUGCAGAUAAUUACCCAGCGAUUGAAUUGGUGAAAGGUUUGAGGGAAAAACGUCUGAGGGCAAUAAUGAAUCGUCAAAAUAAAAUUAAGUACUGCACUCGGCUUUUGAGUGAUGGAAAAAUUCGAAAUAGGAUUCUCGUCAGUGUUGAGCAAUGGAUCAAUGACACUUGUUGCGCCAAAAUUGUAAUGAACAAGUGCGUACGCUGCAAGAGAAAAAUUACCGUUGAAGAAGCGAAUGAGUCCGUUUGUAAAAUUCCUUUGAAAGAGUUUAAUCAAGUCUGUCUGGAGAAGGAUGUCUUUAGUCUGCCGUCCAAACUGAAGCAUCAAACUGAUUACGAAUCUUGCUGUGAUUACGGAAAAGAUUCACAAAACAGGGAUCAGGAAUUCCACAGUGAUAAGUUUGACGAAAGCGAUCCAUACUCAGCAGAUGCGGUUCAGCAAUUCUUCUACAAAGAAAAGUGUGAAAAAUUGCUCACUGGAAAUAAAUAUCACCGAGCAAUUUUUCCGAGAGAUUAUGAAAAAGAUCCGAGUAUCAAUUUGACUCCUGCGAUAUGCGAAGUGAACAAAACUCUUUCCUUCAUAGCCGUCGAUAGUCUUUAUUUUUACCAUUAUGCCGAAGGACUUGGAGUGGAUGUUUUAAAUCGUAGGGACAAAACUGCAGCUGUAAUUCUAGAUCCUAAUGAAGAUAGGUCACCAAAAAUUUGCCUAAUGGAGGAGAUACGAGGCUGCAUAAACGGUAAUCCGUCCGCCUGGGGAAAGGAAUUAGUGGCACCAUUAGAAGAAGUAGGAGAUGGCGAGACAUUGGGGAUGAUAUGGGAAGGCAGGGAUUUGGAAGAUGUGUCAAGGAACUUAGGAAGAGGAGUCCUGAGGAAAAUGGAACAAGAUUUCGCCGUGGAUACGAAAAAAGUUCUUGCUGGGUCCCCCUUCUUCCUCGUUCCAGAAGAACCAAUCUUCACCAAUCUUCCAUUUUAUGUAGCCCGUCCUCACUGCUUUCCCUUGUCAUGCUUCUUCCUCAGCUACAUUGAUGAUCCACUUCUCUAUUUGAAGCUCUCUGUCAGUCAAGUUGUCCGCAAUCCAGAUGCUAGUCCCUCUGAAUUUGGAUUUUCUUCUCAUUAUGGACAUUUUCUCUUUCCAAGAAUGCAAGUUCACCAAAAACUCUCCAUUGUUAAACCUGAUUCCUUUGACCUCUGCUGCUACUCCAAUUGUCCUUUUAAGGGCCGCUUUUAUUUCUCCCUCUACAUUCCUCCCGGUUGGUCUGAAUCCUCUGAUUACAACAUGACUUUUUCUGUCCCUUCUUUCAUUUCUCGUUCCACCUCCUUUUUCGUCAGCUUUCUGGGAAUCCCCGCGCUUCUACUAGAUCAAUUAAUUUGCGGACUUUCUUUGACUCGACUUCAAACUUUUCUCCUGUCUUUGUUGGAGGAGACUUCAAUGCACAUCACCCAUCUUGGGGAUGUGAAUCCUCCUGUCCCUCAGGAUGUUGUCGUGAUGUAUCACUCUCCUUAUUGCGCAUUUUGCAGUGCAGUAGCCUAUGUUUAUUUAAGUGUGGCGCAUUACUUAUCGAAAAUGGACCACCUUGUGUUUGUCAGAGUUGAUGGCGAUAAUAAUGACUUACCAUGGGAAUAUAGCAUGGAUCGGUACCCUUCCAUACUUUACUUUCCAGGACGAAGAAAAGAGGAUAGUACAGUAUUUCCUUUCUCGUUGCCAAUCACAAUAGCAAAUCUGUUGAACUUUGUCUUGGCAAAUUUGGAGGGAGAUUCUCACGUGGAAGCCCUUGUCAAUAUUUGUCAAGUUGGGUCUGGUGAAUCGCCGAAAGACUGUGUUUUUCGAAUUCGGUGGCUCUGCUUAGAUAUAAUAGAAGAUCUGUUGCGCGAAUACAGAAAAUUGCGUCGGCACGAGUCUCUUCUCGGAAAGAGAGUUGCCAGUGAUAGACGCAGACUGAUUUUGCUCAAGUUGGAAGUCGUGAAAAGUGUCUUCUUGAUUCUCGAAACUACCAACGACUUGUCCAAAGACGAGCUCAAGGUAAACUUGAUUCGUGAAAAGUUUAAAAUUUAUUACAGGACAAUGUCGUCUUUAGAUGGGAACAUUCGAAAAGUGACUAUUAGACCUAAGAGUAAUUUAGUGAAAGACGAGUUGUGAUAUUUACCUCAGUCGGGGAAUAAUUAUAUGUCGUUGAAAAUUACUAUUGUUUUUUUUUUAUUUUUUAUUUUAUAGGAUCGAAUUUCAGAGAAUGUAACGUUUUCAAAUAAUCUAGCGGGACAGAGAUUUGGUCAGGAGAGAUAAUAUUUUGAGUGGAAAAUUGCAGGGUGGCCAAGGAAAAUCGGAAAAUGACAGUGAAUUUUUUUUUAUGACUGUGAAUUUUGUAAAUUUUUAGUAGAAAAAUUUAACCGAUCACUUGAAAUAUCAUAUGAUAUAAUACAAUUUAUUAUAAGAUUGAUUUAAACGUUUUCUAUUAAAUGUUAAAAGUUCAAAUUGUUAAGUGUUUUGAUACCUGAAAUAAUUUAGCUUACAAUGUCUAAUUCGAAAAUCUUUGACCUUAAUAAUUUAUCAUUUUCGGUCUUUAUUUUUAA